AAGCAGCAUUCUGCUGAAUCUUCUGAUGUUCUGUACAAAUUGUAAAUGAAGCAGAAAUAAGCGUCUGCGGAGGGCUGGGCAGGAGGCACUGAGCUACUUCAUGGGAAAAAGAGAUAGCCAAAAAUGCAGAACUGCGCGAAGUGCCCCCCGGAACUGGACGUACGUGCGGGAAGGCACUCGGUGAGGGGCGUGCUGAGCGUGUCCGCGCUACCCAGGCCGGGGUACGGACCGCCCCAGGUCUGCAGCUUAGCGGGAGGGGCGCGCGGGACGGGGCAAGAAGGAACUUCGCUGCGGCCCGGGAAGGUGGCACUGAGUCACGGCGCGCUGGGAGGACGAGUUGCCGGACUGGCCACUCCUCCCGUGCAUCGCGCUUGGAUCUCACCCCUUCCUCCCCAGUGCAUGCACUCGUACGUGUACGGUCACAAACAAAAAGGGCUUUUCAGAGGAAGCGCGCGGCUCCCAAACGGUUCAUCGCCGCGGCGGGGGUUUGUCUGGAAGAAGUGAGGAGGGAACGAGUUCUGCACAGCCCGCAGCGCAGUUGUCUGGCUGCAGGGCCGGUGGACGGCCGCCUGCCUCCUUCGGGGCUUGAGCCAUUCAUCCGCCUGUGCUAUGUAGGGGACGGGAAAGCCUGCAGCCAGAAACACCGCGCCGGAUAUAAAACAAACUCUGUGUACUAGAAAGACUACCCAGUGAAUGCAGACAACGUGUUGAGAUUAAGAUGAAAUGAAGACAGUAUUUUGUCCCAGGCAGGAUCUCCUCUCCACCACGUUUCCACCCCCUACAUUACUGUUACACUGCUCCCUGCAAAUAGCUUGGAAUGGAAAUGGCAGUGGGCUCCUCCUUUGAAGGAAAAAGGAAGGCCGACUCUUCAAACAAUGGAAAAGUCAGCUUCAUUUAGCAGCCCUGGCAUCAUUAAAGGGAGACAUAGUGGAGCUUAAUAAACGUCUGCAACAUACAGAAAGAGAACGUGACCUGCUGGAAAAGAAAUUGGCAAAAGCACAGUGUGAGCAAUCCCACCUAAUGAGAGAGCACGAAGAUGUGCAGGAGCGAACAACACUACGCUAUGAGGAGCGAAUCACUGAGCUGCACAGUAUCAUUGCUGAAUUAAAUAAGAAGAUUGAUCGGCUACAGGGAACAACAAUAAGGGAAGAAGAUGAGUAUUCAGAGCUGCAGUCAGAGCUCAGCCAAAGCCAGCAUGAGGUUAAUGAAGACACACGCAGCAUGGACCAGAAUUCUGUUUCAGUACCGGAGAAUCAAUCCACCAUGGUCUCUGCAGACAUGGAUAACUGUAGUGACUUGAAUUCAGAACUGCAGAGAGUGCUGACAGGUCUGGAAAAUGUUGUCUGCGAAAGGAAGAAGAGCAGUUGCAGUUUAUCGGUGGCGGAAGUGGACAGACAUAUUGAACAGCUUACGACUGCCAGUGAACACUGUGAUUUAGCCAUUAAGACAGUAGAAGAGAUUGAGGGCGUCCUAGGACGUGACCUUUAUCCAAAUCUGUCUGAAGAGAGAUCUCGAUGGGAAAAGGAACUUGCUGGCCUGCGGGAAGAAAAUGAGAGCCUCACUGCCAUGCUCUGUAGCAAAGAGGAGGAGCUGAAUAGGACCAAGGCCACUAUGAAUGCUGUUCGUGAAGAAAGGGACAGACUGCGUAGAAGGGUUCGAGAACUGCAAACUCGUUUGCAAAGUGUGCAGGCAACAGGUCCAUCCAGCCCAAGUCGUCUCACUUCUGCAAAUCGACCCAUUAACCCCAGCACAGGAGAGCUGAGCACAAGCAGUAGUAGCAAUGACAUUCCUAUAGCCAAGAUUGCUGAAAGAGUGAAAUUAUCAAAGACAAGAUCAGAGUCUUCAUCGUCUGACAGACCUGUCUUAGGAUCGGAAAUCAGCAGCAUAGGGGUGUCUAGUACUGUGGCUGAACAUUUGGCACAUUCCCUUCAAGACUGCUCAAACAUCCAGGAAAUCUUCCAGACUCUUUAUUCACAUGGAUCUGCUAUCUCUGAAAGUAAAAUCCGAGAGUUUGAAGUGGAAACAGAGAGAUUAAAUAGCCGUAUUGAGCACCUGAAAUCCCAGAAUGACUUGUUGACAAUAACGCUAGAAGAGUGCAAGAGCAAUGCUGAGAGGAUGAGCAUGCUUGUUGGGAAGUAUGAGUCCAAUGCCACAGCCCUCCGGCUUGCAUUGCAGUACAGUGAACAGUGCAUAGAAGCGUAUGAGCUGCUGUUGGCAUUGGCAGAAAGUGAGCAGAGUCUCAUUCUUGGGCAAUUCAGAGCUGCAGGAAUUGGUUCUGUUGUAGGUGACCAGACAGGUGAUGAAAACAUCACCCAAAUGCUUAAGAGAGCUCAUGACUGCAGGAAGACAGCUGAGAACGCAGCAAAAGCCUUGCUGAUGAAACUGGAUGGGAGCUGCGGGGGAGCCUAUGCAGUCACUGGCUGUAGUGUGCAGCCCUGGGAAAGCCUCUCGUCCAACAGCCACACAAGUACUACAAGCUCAACUGCAAGCAGCUGUGAUACAGAGUUUACAAAGGAGGAUGAGCAGCGAUUGAAGGAUUACAUUCAGCAGUUGAAAAAUGACAGAGCAGCAGUGAAACUAACAAUGCUGGAGCUGGAGAGUAUUCACAUUGAUCCCCUUAGUUACGAUGUUAAACCUCGUGGAGACAGCCAGAGGCUAGACCUAGAAAAUGCAGUAUUGAUGCAGGAACUUAUGGCAAUGAAGGAGGAGAUGGCAGAACUCAAAGCACAACUUUACCUACUGGAAAAAGAGAAGAAAGCAUUGGAAUUGAAACUGAGCACUCGAGAGGCCCAGGAGCAGGCUUAUCUUGUCCAUAUUGAGCACUUGAAGUCUGAAGUGGAAGAGCAAAAAGAGCAAAGAAUGAGAUCUCUCAGCUCAACCAGCAGUGGAAGCAAAGAUAAACUUGGAAAGGAAUGCAGCGAUGGCACCGCAACACCGUUAACACUAGCAGAGCUGAGACCAUACAACGAAAGUGAACUGACAGCUGAACUUACAAACGCACUCAGGCGAGAGAAGAAGCUGAAAGCUAGAGUGCAGGAGCUGGUGAGUGCUUUGGAGAGACUUACAAAAAGCAGUGAAAUCAGACAUCAGCAGUCUGCAGAAUUUGUUAAUGACCUGAAAAGGGCAAACAGCAACUUGGUAGCAGCGUAUGAAAAAGCAAAGAAAAAGCAUCAAAAUAAGCUGAAGAAACUGGAAUCGCAAAUGAUGGCCAUGGUGGAGAGACAUGAAACACAAGUCAGGAUGCUCAAACAAAGAAUAGCUUUACUAGAAGAAGAGAACUCUAGACCACACGCAAAUGAAACUUCACUUUAAAUACAUCUCUUUCAAAGAUCUUAGUGCUAUCACAAAUUUCUUUAUUUUGGAGGCUGGCUUUUCGGUUGCUUCAUUGCUGAGGUCUGACUUACCAACACAGGCACAGUUCAGCACCAUCUCUCAGAUCUCAGCUGUCCAGCCAGGAGUUAUGGGGAUAAUCUAAACAUUAGCUAAGGACCAUUUAAUAAUGUAAAAUGGCAGUGCCUGAAUAAUCAUGCUAUAAUUAUGUGCAUUGUCUGUGUCAUUAUGUCUAUACUCACAGUUUCUCUUCCAUUUUAUGUCCUAUGGAUGACAGUAUCACACAGGAAAAUACUUCAUGUUGAUAGGUUUUAAUUUGGGCAGGUUGGAGGUAAUCUGAGUUUUUUUGAUUCCUGAGUCCCUCUGCACACAGCUGUACUCAGGACACAUUUAGAUGGUUAAGCCAUCUAAACAGAUGGCUGCAGUUCAGGAAGCGGAUAGGCUUAUUUGCUUUGUGCUCCACAGUAGCAGUACUGUUAAAGUGCAGAUAAGGUAGGAAAGCUGCUUCUGAUCUGGGGAUGGAAUUAAACAGUUUUUAAAAUACUCGAGUUGCAUCUCCUCAGGGGAUGGUUUAUUUCCUAUGAGUCUGUAAGAGGGCUAAAGGCUGUAAGUUUUACCAUGCCAGCUAACUAGUCUGCGCCGAGGUUGGUUCAGACAUUACAAGCCAUCUCCAGGUAUUUACAUUGCAUGGUGUUUGUUUGCAGCUAUUUUGUGAAAGUUGAGCUUUCUUAGAGUCAGGACAUUAUAGCCAAGAUCUUCUGUAAGAGGCUAGGCCAUCUUUGUCACCUGUAGAGAUUGUAGUGCAUCUUUCUUCUGUCAUGAGGUAGAAUGGCAUCUUUUAAUACUUUUAACCAAAAAAGGUACUUAGUAGAAAUGUACCUUUUAAAAUUGAAUACAUAUACACCAAACUAUGAAUGUGUAGGUGUAUGGAUAUACAGCUCCAAACAGAAUGUGAAUGAGGUCUUCAUACAGCUUCAUAGGUUAACUUUUGUUACUUCUACUGUUUUUUUUUUUUUUUUUUUUUUUUUAAGCCACAUCAUGUUAGUGCAUUAUCAUGUGAAUUGAGAGAUGUUGGCCUACUGUGUUAAGAGGAGCAUGGGGAUCGGGUUGAUUUCUCAACAGAGCAAAGAUGGGAGACUGCCCUAGUUCCCAUUUCAGAUGGAUUUUGUCUUUUUCUUGACUUAGUACAUAAAACAAUUUCCAUGUUUACAUUUGAUUUUGUUUGGCAAAAUAUUAGCAUUGUAAGCCUGUUGCUGUUACUCUUGUACUUUGCAUUUUUCAAGUUCAGUUCUCUCCAGUGAAUCAGACUUCAGGAACUGUCCAUCAUUGUUGCCUUACAUGUUGAGUUGCACCUCAAGUUUUAUUAUAUGUAGAAUUACAAUAACUUCUCUCAUUUAGUCCUACAAUUUCUAGUUCAAACAAAAUAUUUUUAGAGGAUUGGUUUUAUCUAGUAGUGUCUUAGGCUUACAGGUGUGAGAAUUUGUGUUCAGAAUAUGGCAUUGUUGUUAAGUGUUGAUUUCAACUGAAUCUGGAGCAGUUUGUGUUCAUGACACCUCUGAUUUCAUUACUGACAUCUCUGUUUUACUUAUUGACAUGUAUAGCUGAGAAACUCCUAAAGCAUGCUGAAGGUAAUUUCUAUUCUAUUCUGUUGUAGCUGCCAUCUUCUUCCUUUCUUAGAGUAGUAAUUAUUUCAUACUUCUCCAGGGUGUGAUAGAUCAGCAACAAAGCCAGCACCCUAAGUGGUUGAUUGCAGGAGCACAUUAAAACAAUGCUGAUUUCAAAACUGAGUUGUAGGUGGUGAUGCCCUGGGGUUGGCUUAGAUCAGUCCUCUUCGUCAAGCUACUUGUAAUUCUGAAUUUAUAAUGCAAAUGGAUAUUUUUGAAACCAGACUAUUGAGGAAUUAAAUAUUGUUGCUGUUUUUGCUACAUGUCCCAGUUUUCCUUGGUCCGCAAGUUUCCUGUCAACAGCACUUCUAGUUUUUGCCAUGUUUCAGUGGUAGCUGACCACACUUACAUCUGAAGAAAUAAAAAGUACACAGCUGAUCAUUUCCUGUGGCAUUUACAGUUUUGUCAUCUUGGAUCUAGAACACACAUCUAGUGUAAGGUCAUCUCAAAUUGUCAGAGUGAAACAAACCUUUCUCUUAAUUAGACAAUACUCUUGCAUGGGCUUACCUUGUGCCCCAUUUUUCUGUUCCAUGGUAGCUGAAGAAGCCAUUAAGUUCAUGUAAUACAAUAAAGCUUAAGGCAUUUGAACCUGUCUUUACAUGAAAGAUGUACAUUCAGAAGCACAGAAAGUUGCAGUAUUCCUCACCAUCUUCUUAAGGCCUAAUAAUUUGCUGAUUCUGCACAAACUGAAUGUUGUUUUACUACGUUUGCUGUGCAUCUUCCCUACCAACAGUGCUCUAAAAGUGUUCUAGAAUAAAUUAUAAGUCAUUAACUAUAAGUAAGCCACUUCCCUUUUCUUCCCAUAGGACUCUUUGCUGGAACAGCAAGAUUGCCCUAGCAGCAGCUGUAAUUUGCCAAAACAAAAGUUACUUUGCCUAAGCCAUCAGCUACUGGGGAAACUGAUAUCACAGCAGUUAGUUGUAGCUCUGAUUAAAAUGGCACCAAUCCUGUGACUAAAUACCAAGAAUCAAGUUCCCUUUAUGUAAGUGAACUACUAGCACAACAGUGUAUGGACAAGUAUGUAUUAACCACUGACACAAAUCACCUUGAGUGAUCUAACACUUACUUUACCUAACACUUGUUGUAGAAGUAAUAUAUUUACAAAGGAAGAAAAAUAGUUUCUCCUGGCAAGAACCACAUAUGUUGUUCAUUCAUUAAUCAAUCUUAGUGUGUCUUAUUUUCUAAAUUGCUGGAGUGCAUGAAACUUUGUAUUUCUGUGUAUUUGGAAAAAUACUUUUUUUUUCUAACUAAGCAUAUAAAUCUUCACCAGCUUGAAUGUACUAUUAGCGAUUGCAAAGCACAUAUGACUAAAAUUGCAUUAAUGUCAGUAUUGUUCUGCUGUUUUUAUUAGGAGUUUCUCAUUUAAAACCUCAUUUAAUAUUGUACCAUACAUUGUAAUUUUAGAAUCUUUUUGCCUUGCUGAGUUAGCUUUGAAUGUGUUGCUGCUUUUUAGUCUCCUAGCCCCUGUAAAAUAGCUAUUUUGUGUUUAUUUGAUAUAGAAUUGUAAAAACUGCAUUUAUUUAUACAGAGACAUUUAUAAUACUUAUUUUACAAAUGUUCUUAUAUUCUGAAUAAAUUUCUAAUGCUGUUUCUUUU